AUGUCACUUUAUUAAACAAAGUUUUCCAACAUUCAAGUCGGCCUUAUCUUCUAGAAAGUUCGUGGAGGUCUUUAUAAGGAGGCUUGCUGGGAGUUGUGAAGCAUGCUUAUGGAUUGGAUAAACAGUUUAUGAUUUCUGGAGAUGAAAACCUUCAGGAGUUGGAGAGAAGGGCUGGAUGAAACCCUAGUUCUUCCAAAGGGGUGGAUUCGUGAUGGUGUCUACAUUUGAGCCAAAUUUGUGAAGUCUCCUUUGGAGACAAGUUUGCAGAUAAGUUCUAUCAUCAGAUUCCUAUAAGAUAGUAUUUGUGCGGCUGGUUUAUAUUCUGAAUUGGGAUAACGGGAAUAUUAUAUUCUAAGUGUUGUAGUUCAUACUCAGUGACCUUUGGGGGUUUAUGAUUUUGCCGAAAUAAUAAAGGGAGUCGAUAAUAUUCUUUGUGGUGAAUUCUACAUAUAUAUUUCAUUUUGAGGAUGGAUACUAUGAAAUCGUGGUUGGGGUCUAUUGUUUACAAUCUGCGGAAUAAUUGAAUCGAAUAAUGUUGUGUGACGGUGGGCUGAUUAACCCGACUCCUCAUUUGGCUUUCUUUUAAUAUCCGUGUGAGAAUAUAGGAGCAAGUAUUAUAUCAUCGAUAUUCUGGAGUUAUUGAUGAACGGAGGCACUUAUAUUGGUUAAUCAAUCUUAUAUUUAUUGGGCUAACCUGUGCAAAGCCUGGCACGGAAGUAUUUGCAUGUAAACAGAGAACAGUUGCAACGGUGUGUAGGAGUUCCAGACAUAGCAAGAGCAGACAGCGAUACAGAUCAUUGUCUCUACCGUAAGUGGCACUGAGAAGUACUGGAGCUUGUAAUAAAUUGGUAACCCAAGACUUGAUAUAUUUUGGAGCUUAGAUGAAUGCGUAGGAACUUCCAAUGCUAGCAUUCAGCCUUCUAUAUCUUGUAUCGACCUCUUGCCUGUCCUACCCAUCAAAUAAAGGGUCAGAGAUUUUUUGUAAUAGCUAUGUAUCUGUCAAAUAGUCUUAUUAAGCUAAGCAUCAAUAUUUUGGUUCUGUUAUUAUUUCUCUACAAGUUCUGAAUGACAUAUAUGUAAAUCUGAAGCAAACAUCUAAUAUGUUAAAGUGGUUCAGAAUGGAAUGCAUUCAUCUGUGACUUUUUGUGGGAGUUUUGCUAGAAUUUGUGUUUAGGGAUAUUACAGUGGUAUCGGAGCUGUGCAUCCUGCUAGCCUAGGGGUGAUAGUCAAAGAUGGAUAAGAUUAUUGAUGGUUUGGAAUAUUGUGUUAAGAUGAUGGAAAAAUUUGUGCAAACUAGAGAAACGGGACUCGCCCGGACUCGCCUAAACUCGGCGAGUCCGAGUCCGAGUCAUGCUCGCCGAGUCUCUGGGGCUCGGUCUCGGAUUUGUCCGAGUUUGGCGAGCAAACUCGCCAGACUCGCCGAGUUGGCGAGUUUGGCUCAAACUCGCCAAACUCAGCGAGUCCCAAGCCUCAAACUCGGCUACUCGCUGGGUUACUAAAAUGACAAAAAAAAUACAUUUUAAAAAGUUUUUUUUAAAUGAAUGGUAUCGUCUUUGUUCACUACAACCUUCGCCUGAGAAUGAGAAAAAUUAGGGUUACAACAUGUUAGCCAAUAGAAAAAUAACACCCAACACCUUUAUUAAAUAAUAAGUUUUUUUGGCCUCGCGGGGCGCUGCCCCUCGACCCCGCCCUGUAUGCCCCUUGACCCCACAAGGGGCGAUGCCCCUUGACCCCACCUUGGGGGCGCUGCCCCCAAAUCCCCGUCAAAAAAUAUGGGGGGAAACUGCGUCAAUAGAAGUAGGGAAAAUUUAAGCUCCGAGUUUGACACUGAUUGGAUCGACCAGGUAUGUAUAGAGGUUGAGGCUGUAGCCAUGGCAGAGGAGGAGCGGAGAGCACGAGCAUAGACAGGAGAUUUAGAGGCAGAUAGUGACACGGAUGUUCCUGAUGUUGGUGAGCAUGGCAUGGUGUCACGGGGAGCGGCUAUGGCUGUCGAAUAAUCCAGGACCUACCUUAGACGCCUUCGCAGGGGGCCGGGGCCAGAGGGUGCAGGCUCCUCUAAGCCAUAGGCUUGUACUUGUAUUUACCUUUGGUAUUUGUAUGAAACAUUUGAUGAUGAUCAUAUGAUGACAUGGAUUUUUUAUUCCAUGAGUUUUGUAAUAUUGUAUACAUUUGACAAUAUUUAUAUAUCUAUGUUUGUUAUUUCCUUCAGCUACAAUUAUCUUUAAAAAUCUCUAAAUUUCUUGAGUUUUUCACUUUCCCGAGUCCAGCCGAGUUUGGAGCCGAGUCUGACGCCGAGUCCCGAGUCCGAGUCUGAGUCGGCCUUGUCGAGUCCGAGCCGAGUCCGAGUCCCGUUUCUUUGGUGCAAACCAAUCGGAAAUAUCAACAUAACAUAAUCAAAAUGUUGCAACAUCCGAACAUGAGAUGCUAUAUGGAAGAGGAUUUGCUUCCAUGAAAUUCACAGUCGACAAAUUAUCAAGGGGAAAAGCCAGAAUCAAAACAAAAAGAAGUUGCUAAGGACAUUAAUGAGCAUGAGUUCAAGAAUUUCAAAGAACAGUCAAAGACAGAGCAAAGUAUUGAUGAAGUCUUGCUGGACCAGACCAUGCUUAUUAAGCAUGAAGAUGCCAAGAUAGAAAUAAAUGUUCCAAUCCAAGUACCAUACACUAAUCUGUCAAAAGGAGAGCCAUUGCAGCAAGUGAUUAAUUUUCAGAAUUGUUAUGUUGAGGAUGAUGCUUUAGUUGAUCCUAAUAAUAAGAUUAGGAGUCACAGUAAUGAUUGUGUGGGACUGAAUAUUCCAAAAGCAUCUAAUUCUAAAGGAGGUAAGAACUCUCAUUACUUCUGUUCAACUCAUGAAACUAAUAGCAGAUAUGUAUGUCAGUUUUGCUAUCAUGAAAAGCAUUUAUUCAAUAUGGAAGGGUGUAUAUUUUUUGUUAUCCAAAUCUGCCAGUAUAUUUCAGUUUGGGAUCCAGGAGAUCAUUUAUCAUGGAUAAGGAGUAUUCAAAAGCAUGAUUUUGGACCCUCAACUCUUGCAACAUUAACAGAAGGCUUAGCAUAUGGUUUCGGUGGAGAAAAGGACAUUAUCAUGACCACUGUUAGAACCAACAAAAUUGGUUUCCUUUCAAAUUGGAGUGAUGCAAAUACUGUUUUAAUGUAUGAACCAUUCUGUUUGGGGACUGGCUCCAUGCUUGUUAAAACUGACUCCGUGUGGAAGGAGUUGGCAAAGAAUGCAAUUGAGAGAAAGUACUUUUUAGAUCCAAAUGUAGACAGCAAAAUGGUGGAAGUAAUAAGAAAUGUGGUGGACCAGCUUAAUGAUCUAUCAAAUAAGGAUUCCAUCUUGCUCAACAACACAGUUUGGAAGAUUACAUACAUUAAUGAGUUUAAAAAACUAUUUACCAGGCUGAAAAAUUUAUAUGUACAGAAGCACACAAUCAACACAUUAUGGAGAUUGGUUAAUGAUAGGCAAUGGGCUAGGAAACAUGCUGGUCCUGCUGAGCAAAGCCUUAUAAAUGAACAUGCGAUCUUGGAAUUACACUUAGCAGAAAUUGGACAAGGAAUGCAGGUAUCUCAAGUAUUGAAAAUAUGGAAUGUUCUUACCCUUAAAGAACUUCAUGGCCUUGGACAAGGCUUAGAAAAUGUUAUCGCAACAUAUACUCUAGGGAAUGUUGAGCAGUGCAAGGUAAAGUGUUUGGGCAGCAAUGGAAGAAGAGUGCCACCAAUGCAAUGGAAGGAUGAUCCUGAGUUUUGGUAUAAAUGUAUACAAAAAUCUGAAAUGCUUGAGACUCCACUUUUGGAAGCUUAUGAACAGAAAACCAUUUCAUUGGAGCUAGCCAGAGUCAAAGAAAAUUUAUUGUUAAUGGAGUUCUAUUCUUUGAUUUGGGGCAUUACAGAUCAAUUGCUAACAGCGACAGAAGGGUCAGACAUUGUUUUCCAGUUAAGGUAAAUAAGGAAAUUGAUGCAAGGAUGGUGGAAAUCAAGCAAGUAAUGGAGGAUCUUUAUGGAGAAGAGGAUUUAGUUUGCAACCAUUUUCAGUUGGAUAAUUCUUUUGGACCAGCGUUUGUUGGGGAAAAACCUCUUAGUGAAGAAGUUGCAAUGAAGGCUCAAACUAUGAUUAAAGGAGAAAAGAUUGUUUGUACUCCUUGUGGGCCAACAACAGAUGAUAGUGGUGCAGUUGGGAAAAAAAUUAUUCUUGACUCAGAAUGGAAUUCACCUCCUUGUGUUUUGACAUCUCAUCUUGGAGAGGAUGAUUUCUUGUUUGGACAUGAUGCUGCCCUAAAUUCAGAAAAUCCUGAUUUACAAUUGUUGACAACAUUAUUCAAUUGGAACAGUUGACAACGUUGAGGUUUAUGAUUUUUGGUGUGGUACACACUCUGGGACAACAAAAAUCAAUGGCACACCUAUGAACAUGACAGCCAAGAGGAUGGAGGCUCAGAUCAAGCUUGAAGCAUGUGAUUUUCACUUAGAGAUAUCUCUUGGAGUGGCGCUUGAUGAAGAACCUUCAACAAAGAAGGAAGGAUUAUUAGAGGCCCUAGAGGACACUAGAAAAAGGUAUGACUGCCAUUCUGAUUUUUCGCUUGGCAACAAUAGUCCCUCACCUUGGCAUAAUCAUGAGAUAGCAGCCACUUCACAUGAGGAUGACGAUAUUAAGGAGUCUCCCAAUGCGGGCACUCCAAUUUUGUGUGAGGAAUGUAUUAAAGAUUCAAGCCACGAAGGUUCUGACUUUGCACAUCAUACCUUGGAGGAUGUUAAGAAGUCACAAAGUAUGUGUGAUCAAUGGCUACAAAGAGAUAGGAAGGCCAAGUUGUUGACUGCCCAAGAUUGACAGCACUUACAAGAGGAUCAUUCAGAUUUGUGUGGACAUGGGAAGUGGUAUGGUUCAGAAAAUUUAAUUUUAAUGCAUCAUGAAGUUAAUGAGUUUCUUCUUUUAGAGAAUCCAUUGAAAGCUCAAAUCACAGAGGAAGAUGGAAUGGUUGAGCACACACUUGGGUAGAUUAGCCACUAGUGUUAUAUCUACUUGUGUAGAGGGAGGCUUAAGUGUCUUGAUUGGAUCUUUGAUCAUUUGUGGAGAGUCUGAAGAGUUCUCUCCUAGAGGCUUCCAUGAUAGAGCUUGCUUUGUUUGGACUUUCUUAUAAAGGAGUGAACAUGGAUGGGAGCAUUAGUGAUUCAACUUUGCUUAAUCAUUUAGACACUCUUGGAGAAGCUGUUGCUAAUCUUCUACCUCACGAUACAUUAUUGGAGUGUGAAGUUGCUCAAUUUUCAGAAUACGAAGUACGCAUAAUCAAUGUUCUUCUUAUUGUGUGGCGUUUACUUGGAGCGGAUAAGCCUCAGCUGAGCUUUGAUACAUGGUAAGAUGGCACCGCAAAGAUUUCAGGGAUAGCAUCUAAUUGGAAGAGUUGGAAAGGAUUGUAUCAUCUUUUUCAUAUUGGAGUUGGCUUAUUGAUAAACUCCUAUCUUCUAUUGUCAUUGGAGGUACUUAUUACUUCACUUGGUGUGAAAUUCUUAGGCGAAUAGAUGCUGUCCUCAUUUACAACAACAUAUGGUACAUUAUCACGGCUGAUUAUGCACUUAGGAUGAUCAUUGUUCUCAUCCUCUGGAACUCAUACAAACUUGGAUGGACAUUGGGUGUUGGUGACAUGAUAAGAGGCUUCUACCCGUCCACUUUUUGUUGGCAUGAGAGUGUGAUGAUUUGGGAUCCCUUAAUCAGCUUGGUAAUCGGAAUGCUUCAAGAUAACAGAGUUACAAAUUCCAGUACUACUGGUUGCGUCAGAAUAGAGCAGCAGAGUGAUGUAAUAUUUUUCAUAUGGCUAGUUUGGGAUCCUGGUGGUGCAUUAGAGAAUUGCUUGAGGACAAGCAAUGUUUGGGCCGGGAGGACUGUAAUGUCCCCAAUUUUUAAGGUGACAUUUAAUUAAAUUGAUUUUUAUUAAGUUAUCAAAAUAUCAAAAUAUAAAUGAAAUAUUCAUAUGACGACUUAAUAUUAAUUAAUUUAAUUAGAUAACAAUAAAAUAAUAAAAUAUUAUUAUAAUGUCACUUUAUUAAAUAAAGUUUUCCAAUGUUCAACUCGGCCUUAUCUUCUAGAAAGUUCCUGGAGGUCUUUAUAAGGAGGCUUUCUGGGAGUUGUGAAGCAUGCUUAUGGAUUGGACAAACGGUUUAUGAUUUCUGGAGACAAAAACCGUCAGGAGUUGGAGAGAAGGGCUGGACGAAACCCUAGUUCUUCCAAAGGGGUGGAUUUGUGACGGAGUCUACAUUUGAGCCAAAUUUGUGAAGUCUCCUUUGUAGACAAAUUUGCAGAUAAGUUCUAUCAUCAGAUUCAUAUAAGAUAGUAUUUGUUCGGUUGGUUUAUAUUCUGAAUUGGGAUAACAGGAAUAUUAUAUUCUAAGUGUUGUAGUUCAUAUUCAGUGACCUUUGGGGGUUUAUUAUUUUGCCGAAAUAUUAAAGGGAGUCGAUAAUAUUCUUUAUGGUGAAUUCUACAUAUAUAUUUCAUAUUGAGGAUGGAUACUAUGAAAUCGUGUUUGGGGUCUAAUGUUGACAAUCUGCGGAAUAAUUGAAUCGAAUAAUGUUGUGUGAUGGUGGGCUGAUUAACCUGACUCCUCAUUUGGCUUUCUUUUAAUAUCCGUGUGAGAAUAUAGGAGCAGGUAUUAUAUCAUCGAUAUUCUGGAGUUAUUGAUGAACGGAAGCACUUAUAUUGGUUAAUCAAUCUUAUAUUUAUUGGGCUAACCUGUGCAAAGCCUGGCACGGAAGUAUUUGCAUGUAAACGGGGAACAGUUGCAACGGUGUGUAGGAGUUCCAGACAUAGCAAGAGCAGACAGCGAUACAGAUCAUUGUCUCUACCAUAAGUGGCACUGAGGAGUACUGGAGCCUGUAAUAAAUUGGGAACCCAAGACUUGAUAUCUUUUGGAGCUUAGAUGAAUGUGUAGUGACUUCCAAUGCUAGCAUUCAGCCUUCUAUAUCUUGUACCGACCUCUUGCCUGUCCUACCCAUCAAAUAAAGGGUUAGAGAUUUUUUUGUAAUAGCUAUGUAUCUAUCAAAUACUCUUAUUCAGCUAAGCAUCAAUAUUUUGGUUCUGUUAUUAUUUCUCUACAAGUUCGGAAUGACAUAUAUGUAAAUCUGAAGCAAACAUCUAAUAUGUUAAAGUGGUUCAGAAUGGAAUGCAUUCAUCUGUGACUUUUUGUGGGAGUUUUGCUAGAAUUCGUGUUUAGGGAUAUUACAUAUUAUUAAUUUUUACAUAAUCUAUAUCAUUACUAUGAAUCUGAAUCAUGAUAUAUUUAUCGCUGUUAUACUACAGUUGUUGCUGUCACUGCUGUCAUGAUUAAAUUGAUUGUUGUUAUAGUGCUGUCAUGAUAUAUUUAUUGCGCUGUUAUGAUGCUGUCAUGAUAUAUUUAUUGCGCUGUUAUAAUGCUGUCAUGUUAUAUUUAACAGUCUUUUUUAAAUGUUAUGAACCGUUUUUUUCAAAACAUUAUUUAAAAAUUGCUUUUCAACAGGGAAUGCUUGGCCGUCCCCGGGAUGGUCAAGGGACGUCUGAGACAUCCUUGGCUGUCUUGGGGAAGGUCAGGCGCUCCCAAUAUUGGGGAUCCAUUUCUGCAUUUUCUCAGUUGGCAGGGUUGGCUAGGGGAUGCCCCCUCAAGUCCCUCCAUCCUCGAAAUGACUCAGGCGACGGGGACAAUGGUUUGAGGGGUGGGGCUUUGUCCCCGUGUACCAGAGGAUGGAAUAGAAAGUAUAAGUUGUGCAAUCCUAUGAUUCAGUGCUGAUUAAGCCUAAAGGUAAUGCAACAAGGUAGUAUUCACUAUUCAUUGAAGGGCAGAUAAAAUUCAAACAAAUCAUAGGGUAUGAUACUUUAGGGGGGACAUGGUGUUAAUGUUGAGAACACAGAGCAGUUGGGCUUCAAGAUGCUUUGAGAACUCUAUAAAGAAUAGGUGGCUGAGUGAGAUGUGAAAGCAGAACCUGUGAGGGAAGCAACAUCCAAAUGACCAUUUGACAAGAAGGCUUCUGAUAUGAAAAAUUCUGAAAAUGGUGAGGUGAUACAGGGAAGACAAUGAAAAGGAAGAGGGGUGGCAGCUAUCUUACAGUUGUUUUGUAGCUAAUCUUAACUAGAGAAUGCUUUUAAUCAAUUAAUACAUUAUUGCAGUUUUAUGUAAAAAGGAUAGUAAAGUAUGGAAAGAGACUUUUGUCUGGAUGUAUUUUAACACAUAUGAAAAGUACAAAUAUUUUACAUGGAUAAAUCCUUUGGGAUAUAAAACACUGGAAAAAUUGUGGAACCUUAUUUAUUCACUCUGGAAUAGUCUAUGAUAGGAGUUGCAGAAGUAUCAGUUCCUUUUGGAACAAUUAUUUUGUGAUUCCUCAUUUGUGGAAAAUGCAAUUGGUUUCCCUUUUUACGAUUCCUCUCCUUUGAAAAUGGUCUUUGAGGAUGUGUAGUGAAAUUUUUAUCACUUUGAAAUGAAUGCUUGAUUUUGUGAGUUCCAGGUUCUUUCUACCUUUGGCUUUUUCCGAACAGAAAAGUAUCUAAUUUUGAAUAAAUGCUUGCUAAAGAUAAAAGCUGAAUAUUUUACUAUUAUGCUAUUGUAAUGUUUAACUUUAUGAUUGCUUAUGUAAGCUUUGAAGAGGUAGUACCUCUGAUUAAAAUAUGGGGCAGAAAAUAAAAGAAAGCUAAAGCCCCAUAUAUUUAUUAAAUUAUAAGGGAGGCAUGGGCUUCGCAAAACUAAAAUAGAAUAAAGUUAAAAAUGAUGAGGUAUUCGCAUGAGAAAUUGAAAAGCUGUAAAGAAUACUAUUCAUUAAGAAAGGAAAUGAAACAUUUCUUUGUGGAUAAAAAGGCAAAGUCAAUAAAUAAAAUCUUUAGACUGUUGUGGGGCCUGUAUGCCUUUUAUUCCAGAAACUAGAGUUUUGUGAGCUUUUAUGGGACUUUGAUAAGGAAGAUGACCAUGAUAGGUUUUGAAAACUCUUUCAGCCACCCAGAUUUGUUUGAACUGUGUAUAGUAAAUAAAUAAGCAAAUCAUCUGAGCUUUGCAAGAGGUUGCUGCCAUUGUAAUAUUUCUUGCUUAGGUAGCUGUUUUAUCUUUGUAUUCUACAUGUUUUUGACCUUUAGAGAGCUGUGUUACCGUGUAUUUUCAGAAUCUUCCAAAAAAAGAUUAUGUAGUUUUUUCAUUCCACCCUCAAUUUUGAGUUUUAUAUGGAUGGUUACCCUUAUCAGAGCAUUAAAUUUCCUGCCUCUGGCAUUGGUUAUUUACUAUGUCUAUUUUGUUCUUGAAUGUUUAGAUUUAUAGCUAGUUUGUGCAUAUCUUGUUCAUUUUGAAGUAACCACAGACUCUUUUGACACAGUCCUUUUAUUUUUGUGUUUGCUAUUUUUACUGCCUCAUCCUUUUCACUUAAGCAUUGUAGAUAGUGUUAGAACAAGGGAGCUUGCCCAAAUAUGGAGGUUUUCUUUGAGAUUGAAACACUUGAGCUUUCCAUUUGUACACCUUGAUUGCGGGUGCACUUUGAAUCAAACAAUAGGAAGUAUCACAAUUUGUAGGGAUGCUGGGUGGGAUAAGUCUGCAAUUUUUUUUAAGAAAUUGCAUGGGUUCCUCAUUGAUAAGAACUUUAUAUUAUGAUCUGGUGAUUCUUGGGAAUCGGCUCAUCAAAGAGCUAUAGAUGCAUUUUCACCUUGUGACUCUAAAUUUGUAAAUAUCACUUGGUAAAUAGAAACCAAUUGCCUAUGAGACAAAUCCUAACUAGAUAUGCUAUAAAACGAAAUGAAGGCUCCUCUAGAUAUAAACAAAGAGAGGGAGGUCAAAUGUUGUUUUGGGAAUCCAAUCCUUUAACCGGUAGCUCAUUCUUUGCUUCUGUAGUUGGCUCUUCUCCAUUCCCUGUCUUGACUAAUCCUAUAAAAAGAAUGGCUGCUAGAAGACAAUAACCCUUUGAUGCAUGGGAUUGUUGGAGUCCAUUAAAUUUAUUGCAAUGGAAUGAUAUCUCUGCUUUCCCCUUGAAGCUGUUUACCUACAGUAGUGGAGAUGGUUCCACAACCCCUCUAGACCACAAACAGGAUAUAGCAAAUAUCUGUGCAUUGCAUCAUGUUACAGCCUCUGAUAUGAUCCUCAGAUUUCCUGCAGCUUCUUUCAAGGGUGAAGACCCUUGAUUGGUUCAGACGUUUGGCACCAACAUAAAUUUCUACUUGGGAUGGGUUGGGGGUUUGUUAUAUAACCAAUUUUAAGAGAUUUGAGAUGUUUCAUCUCUAUUAGAGCAGCUCAUGACUAACAAGAGGCUUCCAUGGCUACGUAGAAGAUUCCAACAGCAUAUUUAAAGGGACUUGGGAAAUAAUACUGAUGGAGGUCUUUCCUUUGCCUGGUAUGUCUUUCUUAUGUUAUUUAAAAUCUUUAAAUUUUAAUAUAGCUGCAAUGAGUCAAUCAGUGGGAGGAAGGAAUACCCUGAAAGCUUUAUGUUUUAGCUGAAGAUUGCCUUACACUGUGGGAAACUUGCUCCCAAGUUUACAAUACCUCUAUUUCCUUAGAUAUAUAACAGUGACCACAUUCGAAUUUCUCCAUAUUCCCAGCUGCUAGCAAUGAUUCCACCCCCUAAAACUCUUACUUCCUGGAUUUACAUGCCAAGUUCCUAACAAUAUAAACUGAAAUGAAGAGCCUAUUAAGGACAAUAUCAAAUGAAUGGAUGUCUUUUAAAAAGCAGUGUGCCCAAAAUGUUGAAGGCCCCAUUAUGCUAAUAAUCUGGCUGUCAUCCCAAUAAAUUGCAGCAUGCUCUGCAACUCCAUCAGAUAGAAGCUAGGAGAAUUGCUUCCAAUAAUUUUAAUAACGUUCCCCUCAAGUUCAAGCAUGCUCCAAGGAUGAAUGGCAUUAGCAAAUGAUGACAAGGCACACCUCUCUUGCUGGUUUUGUUCCUCACAGGAAAGAUGAGUUGACAUUUUUCUUUUCUGUCAGUUUGAAACAAGAGUUUAUUGAAGUGCAUGCUUCUGCGGGUUAAAAGAUUACAACAGCAGACCAUGCUGGUGCCAGAGUAUGCCUCUUGAAGAGAAGGAGGCCCUUUUGUUGAAGAGAAAUUUAUUGAAGUGUUGUUAUUGCUGGAAUAUGUCUUGAGGCAAUUUAAGUUAUAAUCCAGAUUCCCCCCAAAACCCCCCAUGAAUAUUGGGAUGAUUAUGAGAAAUGCUCUCUACAUGAAAUAUUGCUCACUACUCAAGACACUCCCAAGAAGGCCAGAGAGUUGAUCAUAGCAGAGUUCAUUGAAGCUGAUGCCAUGGAUGGAUUUUUAAAUACUAUACAUUCAUUUCUAUUUUUCAUACAUAUAAAUAGGUUCCUCUCGUUUUGAGGAGCUACUUCAGCAGUUAUGCUAAAGGAGAUUUGAAAUCCUGAUAUUGUUAAUUGAUGAAGCACAAUAUUUUUCUUGGAAGAGGACAAAAUUUUAUUGGAUGACCUUGAAGAAGGUAAGCUUGUUACAUGAAGAAUUCAAUAAUGAUCAAUCUUGGAUCAAUUCUAAGGAUAAUGGGCAAAGUCCACAGGAGAAGCCUUUGAGAUUUACAUACUUUUGGGAACUGCUGUGCAUUUCAAGCCAAUUUUGUAGUUCAGAAUUAGUUGCUGAGAGUCAAUGAAGAAAUUGUAUUCUAUGAUGAGGAAUCGCCAAUCAUAAUUUUCUGGAAGUAUGACAGAGCUCUAGCUUUUAAUUUUCAAGCUUAAAAGCCUGCAUUAGAGAAAUUAGUAUUAAACAAUGAUGACAAGUGGAUAAAAAAUACACAACAAUUUUAUUUUAGAGAGCUGAGGAAGGCUAAGAAUUACAAAUUUUCGCUGUUAUAUUUCAUGUUUUGCAUCCAGCUUUUUGCUGGUAUGUUCGAAAUAGUGUUAUGGCACUGAAUAAGGAGGAUGGGCAGCUAUAUUCUGAUCUUUGUGGACUGAUUUGUUGUACUAGUUGGUUGCAAGAGCUUAUUUUAAAGAAUUGUAGGCUGCAGAUGCAAAAAUUGGGGGGCUCUGUCCUUUGUUUUUACUUAUCUUCAAUGAUGUUUCUUAGUGUCUGCUAUUCUUUGAUCUAAUAAGAUCCAACGGUGGGGAGUUUGUUGAAAAUAUAAUGGUGGAUCUUUAUUCUUUUUAAUGUUUUGGACCUUGGUUGGGUCGGUGCUAUAUAUUUUUACUUUAGCUGUGAGGAGGAUCUUAUUUCUUUUUUAAAAAGGCUUUGCCUUGUUGAAUUUUUGCUGUUAGAUUUUUUUCAUAGUGUUUUAAAGAGUGGAGGUGCUUGAGGAAAUGUGAAUCUCGUGCAUCUUUUGUUGGAGUUCUUAUUUGCCAUAGAUCACAAAAACUUGCUUUCUAGCAAAAAAUUGCAAGUUUUCUCCAUCACCAGCACUAGCAGCAUCAAUAGCAGAGGAAGCAGUUUCAUUUCCUCUACCAGCAGCAGGACCAGAAGUAGCUGGUUAAUAACCAGUUUCAGUAACAUCAGAGCAAGUAGCUUUGGUUGAUCUUGUAGGCCUUCUAGAAUGAUUCGAGAGAAUGUAGAUUAGAACAUUGCUUGUUGCAUUUAUGGCAAUAGGUUUCUUUUCGAUCUUGUUAGAUCAUAUUUGCAGGAAAUGGUGGUGGCAAUUGCUUAUGCACUUGUUGAUUACACUAGUCUUGGAUAUCAAAAGGUUCACACCACCUUAUUGGGUAGGAAAAAUCUUUCAUAGACAUCAUUAAGGGCAAUUGAGGAUAAAUGGUUUGAAAAAAAGAGUCCAUUUUUGAUAGGUGGAAGGAUUGUAAAAAUAGACCACUAUUAAUGUCAUUACGGUGUGCCCUAAAGGGAUGGUGUUUUUGAAGACAAUUGAUUGUGAAGGGCAAGUGAAGGAUGCAAAUUUUAUGGAAUUAUUUUCAUGGAAUUCACUGAGAUGGUGGGCCUUAAACCCUAAAAUGUUCAAGUCAAAAUGGACAAUACUAAAUUUUUUAGGGAAGUUGGUUUAAUGGUGGAGCGUAAAUAUGGACAUUUUUUCAACACUGUGUCAUCGACUUCCUCAACUUAGUGAUGUAAAUGAUUCCAAUGCUUGUCACUCUCUCGAGUCUCCAGUUGGUAUGGAUCCAUGGGCUCCAGUUAGAACCCUGGGCAAACCCAGUCCCUACCUGGACUGGUUACAGGCUGGUUCUGAGCGAACCUGGAGGCAUAGGCACCAACUCAAUCCCCAAAACUGUUAAAGUAUUCAGAAGUGCCCUGGGUGGAUCCACAGACCUACAGGUCUUGAAUGGAACCCUCAGGGAGUCCAGCUAGUAUCCUGUCUGAGUAUAAGCUGAAUUCUGAGCAAACCUUGUAGAAACAGGCACCAUCUCAACCCCAGAAUUUUUCAAGCACAACGUGGGUGCUGAAUUGGCCAAGACGCAGUCUCCAUAGACUUUUGCACAGAAUGCCAUCUCUCCAAAAAUACAUUAUACUAACACCUAAGAUCCCACUUAUAGUUGUUCCACUUUAACUUACGGAGGAUAAUUAGACUACAAAAAUAAUUUACUUACAGAAAAGUAUAACUGUCUGAGAAAACAUAAAAUAUGUCAACUAAUGAAAAUAAAAACGACUAUUUAUAUCUAAUGUUGAAUUGGCCAAGACAGCCUCCGUUGACUUUUUGCACCGAGUCCCUUUAUCCAGAAUUACAACACCAUACUAGCACCUUAGAUCCUUGUUAUAGUUAAUGUCCACCUGAAUUCCUUUAUAUUCUGCAUGUAGGAUAAUUAGAUUUACUAAAACUGUCAACCAAUAGAAGAGUACAACCGUCUUGAGAUAACACAACAUCUGUCAUCUGUUGAAAAUCAAAAUAUAAAAAAGUAUCAAUAUAUCUGGCGAUACAUGAAUGUAGCCAUAACUACUACUGAAGUGGAUUAUAAUUUAUCAUCAAGUAUUUGUGACAUUCUAUUUCCUCUAAUUUCUGUUCCAUUCCCUUUCUUAUGCUGUAUCCAUAAAUGACAAAUCCUACUGACAGUUUCCAAGUACUAGAUUUCUUCUCUGGGGCUGCCAAAAUUUCCUUCCAGACCAGGAACACGUUAACCAUCUAGUGUAGGUGAAGAAUCUUAAGUCUUAAACAUUUUCGCUUGUCAUUACCUAUGUGGCAUUUCAAGAGAGUAUGCAACCUGGACUCUGCUUGUAAGGUUAUAAUCGGAAUGAGAUCUGAUUUCCAAUUUUAAAUUUUUACUGUUUGUAGUUCUGAUUCUAUUUUGGGCCAAUUUCUGAUUCUCCCAAGCUGCUUCAUCAUCUGCUGGUAUUCUGAUAGGAAGUCUUUAACUGCUAAAACUUGAGUGUCUCCAAGAAUCAAAUUGACCUUAAAUGUCGACAUUUCUGUUGAUAUAUCAUAUUAAUUCUUUUCCAAAUGAGAACAAUAUGGCCAUGAAGCUUAUUGAUCUGCAUUAUAUUCCUUUAAAUUCUGCAUGAAACAUUUGUUUACUAUUCCAAUCUUCCCAGCUGUUUGAGAGUGGUAAUUUGUACUUGGGGUCAAGAAGGUACCAGCACAGUUCAAAUAGUUCAUUCUAGAAGCUGCAUUGGAUUUUCAUCAGUAGUAAUUUUGUUUGGAAGUCCAUUUAACCUGCAUGACUUGCGAAGUUACCUUGGUGAGCUCAUGCCUUAUCAGGAAAAUCCACGGCAAACUAGGUAUGCAAAGGAAUGUGGCCUCACCUCCUAGCUGCGCACUCCUGGCCCCACACCUAUCCCUAGGACACAGGGAUGGCAAGGGAAAUCUCUUGGCCAUCUUCUGUGACUAGGGUCGAUGAUUCUUAACUUGUUCUGUAGCAGACUGUUGUCGAAUGUUUUUUGGGACCAGUUUCCCUCAUUUUAUGGACUUAAUAUCACUUUCUGCAAAGCUUUAUCAUCAAAAGUUGUUUUGUGUGAAAUUCAAUGCCGAGUAAAGCAUUCUCACAGCGAAUGAGAUGGGGAAAGUUUUGGCUUAAAGAUAUAGUACUUGUCUAUAUAGCAUUGUAUUGUUGUUGUAUCUAUUUAUUUUUUGUGUUAUGACUCACAUUGUGUUUUGCGAAGGAGAAAAUAAUCUUCUAUUGUAUUCUUUAUAUAUUCAUUAAAUGAGAACUUACUCCAUGUAGGUUAAUAAUAUAACGGAAGCUAAAAGCAAUCGCUCUAUUUCUGAGUUUAAACGUUGCACUGAUUUCUUUUUAUAUGC